AUGCCCAGAAUUUUCGUGCAAGAUCGUACCUAUUCUAAGAAAAAUGAGAACUCAACUGAAAUACAUUUUAAUGAUCAACAGGCGUCGUAUUAUGCUGCUAAAGAUGUAGAAUUCUGUCCAAACAGAGCUAGAGAAGUAAUGCAAAAUUAUGUACAAGAGACUGGACAAAACAUGUGUAAUGAUGAUCCAUUUAUCGAGACUAAAAAAAUUGAGCCAGCGGUACCUAUGAGUGAUCGAGACCAUAUGGAAGCGUAUCAGUCAGGAAAUUCAGUUAGUCUAUAUUCUGUGAUGCAAAGCAAUGUGCCAGAACCUUUUUCAGCCCAUGGCAGAGCGCCUACGCAUCUCAAUAUGCCUGGUAGUUCUUCUAGCCAAGAUUGUAAAUAUCUGUCUGGAAAACUACAGAGUACUCAUCAGUCAAAACAGUGA